UAAUUAUCAACCGCUUGAUAAUUAUUAGAGCGUUCUAUUAAACAAAAAUUAGAGCUGCAGUCGACUAUUUGAUAUUCUGGGGAUAAGACGGUUUACUCAGCGAAGGUCUCCGGUAAAAAUAAAACACACAGAUAUACAUCAAUCAUCAGUAAAGCAGUACUUUUACAAUGGACAAGAGACUAAUGAAUAUCAGCAUUUUAGGCUUAGGUUUCAUGUUUGUGUUUACAUCGUUUUUGACCGUGAGCAAUAUCGAGAAAACAGUAUUGAAAAGUAUCGAAAAAGACGAUCCUUCAUUUACAGGCGACGGGUACACAAGUCUGUGUAUCAUAUAUGGCGUAUUUGCUUUGUGCAACUGGUUAGCACCGGCAAUAAUUGGAUCAAUUGGUAGCCGAAAAUCUAUUUAUUUGGGAUCGAUAUGUUACGUAUUGUUUUUGACGCCGUUCCUAUGGCCGUCCAAUAUUCUGCUGUACACCACGUCUGUGUUGCUAGGUUUCGGCGCGUCAAUUAUUUGGACUGGACAGGGCACUUAUCUGACCAUGAACUCGGACUCGUCGACCAUAUCCAGAAAUUCAGGAAUAUUUUGGGCCAUGUCGAAAAUAAGCAUAUGUAUUGGAAACGUUUUUAUGAUAUUGGUGCUCCGUAACAAGACCGAGCUGAACGAGUCCACCAGAAUGCUGGUGUUCACCGUGUUGGCAGUGGUGUGUGGUUUCGGCACUCUGAUACUGAUGGUCUUGCGUCCGUCCAUGGAUGCUGAUGGCAAGGAAAAUGAAGUGAACUUACAGAAACCAAUUAGCGUGAUUCCGAAACAAGAACUCAGGGAUUCGAUGAGGCUUUUGAUGACCAAUGACAUGCUUUUGCUAAGCACAUUGUUUUUGUACACUGGUCUGCAUGUAUCCCUUUACAGUGGGGUGUACAGUUCGUGCAUCGCGUUCACGAAAUCCAUAGGCACUAACACCAAACAACUGUUGGGCUACACGGGAAUACUAGUCGGAGUCGGAGAAGUUACAGGUGGUUUGCUAUGCAGCGUUUUGGGUAAAAAGUCUGGGAGAUUCAAUUCAAAAUUUAGUGGCCUAAGUCGUUCAACCGUAAUAAUUAUCAGUUUUUUCAUCAACAUCGUAGCGUACGGCUUGAUCUUUGUAAAUCUGCCUAAUGAUUCUCCGUUCGGCGAUACUUACGCCAAAUCGUUUAUCAAACCUAAUCAACACUUGGCUGUAUUUUGCGGUUUUCUCUUGGGCUUAGGAGACAGUGGUUUCACCACACAAAUAUACAAUAUAAUCGGAGUGAAGUACUCGAAUAACAGUGCUUCCGCCACGUCAUUAUUCAUGUUUAUGCAGGCAACGUCAGCAGCCAUUAGUUUCUUUUACAGCAAUCAGUUUGGGAUCUAUAUACAACUAAUCAUAUUGGCAAUAGUAAUGACUAUUGGCACUAUAUCAUUUCUCAUAGUGGACAAAUGUAUUUCCGUUUAAUAGUAUAAGAAUAAUGAUGAUAUUUUUAAUAUGGCCACACGUCAUUGAUAAUAUUCUUAUAAAAUACUUUAUGAUUGCUUGUAUUUUUUAUAACCGAUUAUAUAGGUAUCUACUUUACUAAUAAGAAAGGCUAACAAAUAAUAGGUAGGACAGGUAGGUACUUACAUAAAAUAAUAAAAUACGCCCAAGUCUUAACACAUUCAGUGUAUAAAUGAAAAAAGUUUUUUUUCAACCCGUAAGUCGGUUUGCUGCAUAAUCCCUCCUCCAUUCUUCACGGCCACUGACAAUUUGUUUGAGUGCUCUACAGCUCCCAUCUACCGUAUUAACUGUAUCUUUCUUUAUUUGCCCAAUAAAAAAUGUUACCAAAUUGAAUUUCUAAUUUCAAAUAUUCAAAAAAAAAAACAGUAGGUAAUCAAAAGUCAAAACAAUUAUUUUCUAUUUUCUGUCACUGUUUUCAAACAAAUCGUAAGAAACAAAUUAUAAUAUAUAGCUAAAAGUUAAUCAAAUUAUUUUUACUUACAUGAUACCAGUAUUUACUAAAGAACGUUCUCUUUUUAAUGAAUUGACGUUAUAAACAUAAUACUUUGGCACCAUGGUAACAAAAACAAGUUUAGAAACACAUUAUCUAUAUAAUAUAAUCUUCUUGUUAUAUUAUUUGCUAUUGAUAAAAAAAUGAACCGUUAUGUAUUUAAAUACUGCAAUAAUUAGUAGGUUUAAUAAAUAACUAUAAUUUAUGUUGUAUUAGGGAGUGCACAAUAUAUUUGUGUGGAAAGUGUUUGCCACGCCUUCUCGACAACGUGUGCCUUUAACAACUGUCACCUACGUGUUUGCUAUUAAUUCAGGAACCAGUCAGAUUAAAAAUAUUUUAAGUAUAAUAGGUAUAAUGUUGAAAUCAGAAGUAGUCAUGAUGAUUCCCAGGAAACCCGUUGCAGUUAAUCCAUAUAGCAAACGCUGGCUGGGAGGUGUCCAGCAUUCUAAAUGAUAAACCAAUAUUGAAACUGACCAUAUAUAAUAGUAAUAACUAAUAAUUAAUAUUAUCAAACGUUGUUGUUCCGACAUUUUAAGAAAGAUGGGGGGGGGGGUUACAUACAGGCUCCAGCACACUAGCUCAUUAGCUACUUGUACUCUGGCCACCCCUGCCAAAUAGUGAAAUUCAUGAUAGAUACCUAAUUUAAAAAUUAAAAAGAAUCAGAACAAACAACUAAUUGAAAUCAAAAUUUUAACCCUCUUACGCCAAAAAAUAAUGUUAUUAUGUAAAUCUUAGUUAUUUUGGCUCAAACAUGUAUAAUAAAAUCAACAUAACGGUAAUACAGUUGUUAUAAUUAUAUACAUGUAAAUAUGUAAUAUACAUGAGACAUCUAAAUACAUAAACUAAAUGACCUGAGAAUAAUGUGCAAUCGACACUAAUCAUUUGAUAUAUUAUAGUCGUUAAAUGUUAGGUAUGUAAUAUUUAGUUUAUAGUGGAGUGUCAUAAAUUAAUUUUUUAAUGGAAGUUUGUAAAAUGGAAAUUCGAAUGUUAUGAAAAUAAUACCUAGGUGUCUAUAAUACUAAUUUGUGUGCAUUACUUCUGUAUAAUAUAGCUUAUAGUGUAAUAUAUUAAGUCGUCGAUUA